AUGCAGUCUGAUAAAGGCAAAAUUAAAGAAACCCAGCCGUCUUUUCGAGUGACAGCCCUCGCAGGCCCGCCCCGGCUCUCCAUCCACAAUCCCCCUCCGCCCGAAUAUUACGGAAAAACAGAGCCUGCAUGGGUGGAUGCCCUCUCCGGGGGCCCUGCCGAUCCAUCUGAACAUGACGAGACUAUGUUUCGACACAUGAAUAGAGUCAAAAGCACUGAUUACUCUAUAGGCUACGGCUCGGAAGCGCAUCACCUCAUCGUGCCAGGAUUAAGCGAAGAUGGGAAGCUGGUCUAUCAGACAUUGCAUUCUAAGCGAAGUAGAAACCAUUAUGAUAUCGAGUUCAUGGAUAAUGAACCGUCGCAUCCUUCGUGGUGGGAUGAGCAAAUGAAAAAGUCGACCGAGUGGUUCAUCAAGUUCAGGGAGGAUGGGGGUACGCAACCACCGACAGCGGAAGGCGAAUUGAAGACGACAAGAGACCAAGAUGGAAAUCUCAUCAAGGACGAUGAGCCGGUGCGAAAAGUCUUGUCUAUGUGGUCAUCCAUCGUAGGACCAGACUUGGACGAGGCGCUGGACAAGACGGGGAGCCACCAUCGCGGCGGCAGUCGACCCCACGCCUCCAUUAUCACUCAAGACGAUGUCACCACUGCUCUAACAUCGAAGCCGUAUUAUUAUGGCGAUGGACCAAAGCCUCCAGAUGCAACACUAUCCUUCAAUGGAAACACCUGCUCCUGA